GUUUGCCGAAGCCAGCUCAAGCUCGAUAAUGACUCUGCGCCGCGGGUAACCACCGGGUGUCCCUAUAAACCACUUCCACGUCUCGAUUCUCUCGGUCCAGCAAACUCGUAACAAAAGGUUCGCCAAUGUCUUCCUCGGCAAUGGCGCUACGCCCGGCCGCUCUGCGCCAGAGCGUUCUCGGAGCGGCGAGGGUACAAUGUCGACACAUGUCGAUGCCCUCCAAGGGAAAGAUUCUGCGAGAGAUGCAGAAGGCGGCUUAUAAGGAUACCAAGAAGACGGAUACUCAAUCGAUGUCGGCGAUUCAGAAGAAGGCCAACGAUGAGUACUUUAAGGGUGGAGGUGGCCCUCUAUUUCCUGGCACAUUCGUCUCUCUCCCAUUCUCACGAUACCCCUCCGGCGCCUCCAAUCUCUUUAACUACUCAUGGUACCGACUCCGACAAUUUGGAUUCGAAUACUUCUCCCUCCUCCAGAUGAAACUCAAGUCUAUGCCUGACUGGACAACACGGCCAAAGUGGAAGAUCGCCCGAAGCAAGAUUGCACCCACAGCGAAGAAUAUGUACAUUGAGAUGCUCGGGGCUUUUGCUGCUGGUGACAAGGCCGCUGUCAACGAGUUAUGUCUGGGUCAAUUCGGAAAGAAGCUCAUCGCCGCUAUCGAUCGUCGAAAUCCCGCUGAACGUGUUACAUUUGAGCUUGUCAAGCUCAAUUCGACAUGGGCGUACCCUCGUGUGAUGGCACACCAGGUCCACAACGUAAACCCUCACGAUAAGGAACACAGCACAGAGCAGGCCGUUGUUGCGAUUGCCUCAACACAAAAGGUAGCGAAAUACAAGAAGGCCACCGGCGAGCUCAUCCCCGGAAGCACAAAGGUGCAGGACAAGAUGGAAUACGUGGUAGUCUCACGACAGAUCAGCGAGAAGACAUUCCAGGCUGGGCCAUGGCGUAUAUGGGGAACCAUUUCUCCAACAACACUAGAGGCGUUCCAGGAGGAGCAGGAUUGGAUCACCAGGGAGCAGGCCAAGCGAGCUGGAUGGGAAGGGCCUCUGAAAUAAAAUAAAAAAAAGGUGCAAAAUUGUAUAAAUGCGCUGUAAUGCUCAUGAUGUUAGUGAGCGGAGGAGGGAACAUGUAAAAUGAGAGUGUAUAUUGUACGAUGGGCAUGUUUUGUACUAUAUUUUAGAAUACCUUUGCAUUGAGACCGGCGAACGGACGGCUAUCAAGUUCUUCUCCAAUUCAGUUCAAGGGAUCAAUUGUUGAUA